AGUAUAAAAAGCAUUUUGUAGAAGUUCUGUAGAAAUAAAAGCAAACUUUCAUUUUUAUUUCUGUAUAUAAUUGAGUGGGUAUUAACUGACUUUAAAGACUUCCUGAAACUUUAUUCUUCUCCCUUGUGAUCAUUUUUGUUGAAGAAGCUCUGUGUUUCUCUGAGGGCCUGCCAGUGACAACACAGUCAUUGAAUUAGACACCUGCUUGAACUCAGCCCUACUCUGAGUUACAAUGAGAAAUGCUAAUCACCUGAAUAAAUUUUAAUUUAAGUCUUCCAUGUUUACUUUUCUGUAGACUAAGAGCCACAAUGCCUAAUUUGUUUUAUUUUAUCUUGUGUUAUAUUUUUGAUAAAGAUAGGUGAAUUCUAUUCCCAUUUUUGACGUUCAUUUAGAAUAGUGUUUACUGACCACCAUAUACUGUGCAAAUUGUGUGAUCUUGGUUAAGUCAUUUAAUCUCAGUGGAUUUUCAUUGUCUCACACUUUUACCUUCAUUCCUUAAUUGACAAGAGUGGUGUUUUCUAUGUUCUAAGGAACUGCCUUGGGGUUUGGUGUUGUGGGAUAGAAGGAGGCUAAGUGAAGGCAGAGUACCCUGGUGAAGUUAGGGUAGGUCCCACUCCACCUACCCUUACCCUUCACUGCCCCAGCACAGCUGGACUUUAAUGCAUUUUAUCUAUCCAUAGAGGUGUCUCAACAAAAUGCCUUUCCUCUUUUACCUGUGACCUUUUCAUUUAUACUCUGAUUCUUUUAUAUCUUAGAUUCAAAUGAUGAUUUUCUAAUUUUCAAACUUAUAGAUAGAGGAUAUUGGUGCGAUAUUGCACCAGAACAAAGUGGGAAGAUUAUAAAGACUGGCGGAAAAAAAAGACGUGUAAAAAGGAAAUAUGUAGGUAUGAUGAAAAGAAGAAAACUGAUUUCUUGAGAAGGGAGAUGGGGAAAGAAAUGAAACGUAACGAAGGAAAAUGGAGCUGACACUACACACAUGGAUGGUGAUGAAAUUGUUGUAGAAGUACAAGAAACCGUUUUUGUUUCUAAUGUUGUGGAUUCAGACAUAACGGUGCAUAACUUUGUUCCUGACGACCCAGACUCAGUUGUAAUCCAAGAUGUUAUUGAAGAUGUUGUUAUAGAGGAUGUUCAGUGCUCAGAUAUCUUAGAAGACGCAGACGUGUCUGAAAAUGUCAUUAUUCCUGAACAAGUGCUGGACUCGGAUGUAACUGAAGAAGUUUCUUUAACACAUGGCACAGUUCCAGAUGAUGUUUUAGCAUCUGGCAUUACUUCAGGCUCAAUGUCUGUGCCAGAACACGUCUUGACAAGUGAGUCUAUACAUGUUUCUGAAGUUGGGCAUGUUGAACAUGUGGUUCAUGAUAGUGUAGUAGAAGCAGAAAUCGUCACUGAUCCUCUGACCACCGAUGUAGUUUCAGAAGAAGUAUUGGUAGCAGACUGUGCCUCCGAAGCAGUCAUAGAUGCCAACGGGAUCCCUGUGGACCCACAAGAUGAUGACAAAGACAACUGUGAAGACUACCUUAUGAUUUCCUUGGAUGAUGCUGGCAAAAUAGAACACAGUGAUUCUUCUGGAGUGACCAUCGAUGCAGAAUCAGACAUUGAUCCCUGUAAAGUAGAUGGUACUUGCCCUGAAGUAAUUAAAGUGUAUAUUUUUAAAGCUGACACUGGAGAGGAUGACUUAGGUGGAACCGUAGACAUUGUGGAGAGUGAGCCUGAAAAUGAUCAUGGAGUUGACCUACUUGAUCAGAACAGCAGUAUUCGUGUUCCCAGGGAGAAGAUGGUUUAUAUGACUGUCAAUGACUCUCAGCAAGAAGAUGAAGAUUUAAAUGUUGCUGAAAUCGCUGAUGAAGUUUAUAUGGAAGUGAUUGUAGGAGAGGAAGAUGCUGCUGUUGCAGCAGCAGCAGCAGCAGCUGCUGUACAUGAACAGCAAAGUGAUGAUGAUGAAAUGAAAACCUUCAUGCCAAUAGCAUGGGCAGCAGCUUAUGGUAAUAAUUCUGAUGGAAUUGAAAACCGGAAUGGCACUGCAAGUGCCCUCUUGCACAUAGAUGAGUCUGCUGGCCUUGGCAGACUGGCUAAACAAAAACCAAAGAAAAGGAGAAGACCUGAUUCCAGGCAGUACCAAACAGCAAUAAUUAUUGGACCUGAUGGGCAUCCUUUGACUGUCUAUCCUUGCCUGAUUUGUGGAAAGAAAUUUAAGUCAAGAGGUUUUUUGAAAAGACACAUGAAAAACCAUCCUGAACACCUUACCAAGAAGAAGUAUCACUGUACUGACUGUGACUACACUACCAACAAGAAGAUAAGUUUACACAACCACCUGGAGAGCCACAAGCUGACCACCAGCAAGGCAGAGAAGGUCAUCGAAUGUGAUGAGUGUGGGAAGCAUUUCUCUCACGCUGGGGCUUUGUUUACCCACAAAAUGGUGCAUAAGGAAAAAGGAGCCAACAAAAUACAUAAGUGUAAAUUCUGUGAAUACGAGACAGCUGAACAAGGGUUAUUAAAUCGCCAUCUUUUAGCUGUCCACAGCAAGAACUUUCCUCAUAUUUGUGUGGAAUGUGGUAAAGGUUUUCGUCACCCAUCAGAGCUCAAAAAGCACAUGCGAAUCCACACUGGGGAGAAGCCAUACCAAUGCCAGUACUGCGAAUACAGGUCUGCAGACUCAUCUAACUUGAAAACGCAUGUAAAAACUAAGCAUAGUAAAGAGAUGCCAUUCAAGUGUGACAUAUGUCUUCUGACUUUCUCAGAUACCAAAGAGGUGCAGCAACAUGCUCUUACCCACCAAGAAAGUAAAACACACCAGUGUUUGCAUUGUGACCAUAAAAGUUCAAACUCCAGCGAUUUGAAACGACACAUAAUUUCAGUUCACACAAAGGACUACCCCCAUAAGUGUGACAUGUGUGAUAAAGGCUUUCACAGGCCUUCAGAACUCAAGAAACACGUGGCUGCCCACAAGGGUAAAAAAAUGCACCAGUGUAGACAUUGUGACUUUAAGAUUGCAGAUCCAUUUGUUCUAAGUCGCCAUAUUCUCUCAGUUCACACCAAGGAUCUUCCAUUUAGGUGUAAGAGAUGUAGAAAGGGAUUUAGGCAACAGAAUGAGCUUAAAAAGCAUAUGAAGACACAUAGUGGCAGGAAAGUUUAUCAGUGUGAGUACUGUGACUAUAGCACUACAGAUGCCUCAGGCUUUAAGCGGCACGUUAUUUCUAUUCACACAAAGGAUUAUCCUCACAGGUGUGAGUACUGCAAGAAAGGAUUCCGAAGACCUUCAGAAAAGAAUCAGCACAUAACUCGACAUCAUAAAGAAGUCAGCUUGCCCUAACAGUAUGUCUAACAGACUUUUGUAAAGAUGUUGGCCUUGAAGCAGGAAAUUUAUUUUAAAACCAGUCUUGUUCACAUACAUUACUAUAAUUGAUUUAUGCUAUGUACCAAUAGGAUAUUGCUUCUAGUCAACUUUUCUUUACAUUUUAUUCAAUGUGGUGUUGUGGAUCCUAUUCAGUUUGUUUAAUAAGCCAAGAAAAGUAGCAACAACCAAGUUGCUUUUAAUAAAAUAAUCCCUGAUUCUAUACUGAAUUUUCAGUCUUAAAAGCUUUACUAGUUGACUAUAAUUUACUUUAUUCAUCUGGAUGGUACUCUUCUAAGACAAAAUAAUGUAAGAUUGGUAACUCUAAACAUAAUCAUUUGGACCCGUUUCUUUCUGCAUACAUUUUUCACAUUAAAUAGAAACAUCUGCUAAUAUAAAUGAUUUUACUGUCAGGUCUAAAAAUCAUAAUAUGGAAAUCAUUUCCUUAUUUUGCUUAAUAUUUUCAAAUUACAUGACAAUGAAACUUUUCAGUUAAGCCUCUAGCAUUACUGAACAUAGAACCUUGACUGGGUUUAUGUUUCUCAUUUUGCUUAGUAGGCAAAAUGUUCUUCCUUUAACUUUCUUUACACUGUUUACAUCUUUUGUCAGCAUAGCAAAUUUAGAAAGUCUUAUCAAAAGGUUUUGCUUAUUCCUGUUUUUUAUUUUUUGUCUGUACUGUUUUGGAGUAGUUGUGUUCUAUAGAUGCAACUUAUUGCAGACUGAAUUUUGAAGUCUUUUAGAGGUAAAUUGAAACUCAGGAUUUUUUGCAACGUGGUGUAUAAAUAUACUCUAAAUGUUUUGUGUGCACAUUUGUUGCUUGUCACCUGUUUAUAUGCACAGUCCCAAAUUUUAAACAUGACGAAAAGUAUUAAAUAUACCAAGCAUUUUGUAACUUUUUCUAUUCAGCAAGGCUAAAAUUCAGUUGAAGAAUUGCAAGGAAAAUAAGGAUGUGAAUAAAAGUAAAGAUAUUCUCUUUAAAUAUCUUUGGUAAUUGAAAAAUGGAAGUUAAAAGUAUUUCUUCUCACAGUGUUUUCAUUCAGUUUCUGCUAUGUGUCUUAAAUUUCUCUGGAACGCUAAUCCAGAUAUUGCUAUCUUAGUUUUCUCUGCGAACACUGAGAGGGAACUCUAUCUCUUGCAAAAGUAAAGAGGAGUAGGGGAAUUAAUGGCUCCAGGUAACAGAAUGGGUGCUAAUUCCUGCCUAGAGUUGGCAAGUUCAGCCUGCUUUUUAAUUUCUUUAGACAGUUAGUAAAUUUUUAAAAAGCCUUACCACUCAAGUUGACUUUGAUUAGAAGAUAAAAGUGUUCAAAUACAUAGUGAAAAUAUGUGGCCUUAUUUGGACUAUCACCAAAUCUUUUAAGUUUUAUUUUUUGAGAGUUGACAUAUUUUAAGCAGUUAGUGAGUCAUACAUACAGAUAUAAUAUAAAGUAAAUUCAAAUAGUUAAUUAGAAUUUAAUGAAUAAGAAUUUUGGAGAAUAGAAAAAACUUUUUAGAUUUCUUAGAUUGGCUGUUGGCACAUAAUGUCUUUGGGCACACUGUGGCAAAUUCAAAGUUUUUUUAACAUAAUCAAUAGCUACCUUCUGGUUUCAUGAUUGUGUUUUAUUUCACUUUUGUUAAGUUUUUACUUUCUCAUUUCUCUGUGCCACUAAUAUUCAUAUUCAGAAGUUAUAUUUAUAGGGUUAAAAUUCUAAACAUUUGGUAUUUGACAGCCUCUGAAAUGUUAGAUUAAUUUUGUCUAGUUCUAAAGUGCUUUAGGCACAUAGGAAUUUAAACCUAACACCAACAACCAAAGCCAGGAAAUGGAUUUUCGAAUCUCUUAGGCCUUCUUAGCUCUCAAACAUGUUCCACCCAAUUUUUAGUGUCAUCAUUGUCCUAUCCUGUUCUUGAAAACUCUUAUUUUUGUGUGGAGAAUCUUUUAAAUCUCCUUCGAAGUUUUUGUUAGUUUUUCCUUGAAGCAAUAUAAAAAGAAAUACUUAAAUGAAAGCUUAAGAAUUUUAAAACAUUCUCUAAAGUUAAGAGAUAUUUAGCCAUUUAUAUUUUAAAAACAAACUGAAAGAUAAAGAACACAACACUUUACAUACUUCAUGAUUCUCACAUGGUCUAGUCAUACACAGUUGUUUUGUUUGUUUUUUAAGCACAAUAUUGGAACCUUUAAAAGGUAAUUAAGAGUUUGGUUAAGUGAAUAUAAAAAAAACUUGUAUAAAGAAAAAUGAAAUUGUACUUACUGUUAUAUACUGUUAUUAGUUACAGACUGGGUUUAUUCUUAAUUUGAUUAGCAAAGCUUAAAAAGUGAAUGUUUCAGUUGAAAGUUUUAAAGAGGUACAAAUUCUUCCAAGGUUGUAAGUUAUUUUGUUUUUUUGAAAAUAGCCUAUGAAAUAUUGUAUGUCCUUUGUACACAUUGUAAAAUACUUAAUGAGAAAUUCCUAUAGGGAAAUAUGACACUUGUAAAUGUGUACUUGAGAAUAACAUGCAAAAAUAAAAAUGAGAAUAUUUUCCUGUUAA